CAUGAUAGUAAUGUAUUCCUGUAAAGACAAAAUCUUGCUCCUGCUGCUGUUGCACUUAUUCUGUUCUCACUGCUCCAGCCCCUCUACUCGGCCGCCCUCCUGUCGGUCACAAGGACAGUUUCAUCUCAGCGGCAUGCACAAGACUGGAGAUGUGAUUCUGGGGGGAUUGUUUGAAAUAAAUUUUUUUUCAGUCUUUCCUGACUUGUCUUUCACAUCUGAGCCCCAGCAUCCUACCUGCCAUGGUUUUGAUGUUCUAGGAUUUCGACAGGCCCAAACCAUGGCUUUUGCAGUUGAUGAGAUCAACAGGAACGCCGAGCUCUUGCCCAACGUCACUUUGGGGUACAGUCUGUACGACAACUGUGUUAAACUGGGAAUUGGAUUUCGUGCAGCGCUGGCAUUAAUAAGCGGACAAGAGGAGGAGAUUGUGAUGGAGGAUAACUGUUCAGGAAGCCCUCCGGUGUUGGCAAUUGUGGGGGAUUCUUCCUCCACCCGCUGUAUUGCUAUCUCCACCGUGUUAGGUUUGUACCGAGUGCCAAUGGUGAGUUAUUUUGCCACAUGUUCCUGUCUAAGUGACCGUCAGAAGUUUCCGUCCUUCUUCAGAACGAUACCAAGCGAUGCUUUCCAGGUGAAUGCUAUGAUUCAGAUCCUAAAGCACUUCGGCUGGACCUGGGUGGGAUUGCUGAUCAGCGCCGACGACUACGGGCUCCACGCUGCCAAAUCAUUUCAGUCUGAUCUGAGUCUGUCUGACGAAGGCUGCCUGGCCUACCUGGAGGUGUUGCCGUGGGGCAACGAGCCACCGGAGCUGAGGAGGAUCGUGGACGUGAUGAAGGCAUCCACAGCUCGGGUGGUCGUUGUGUUUGCACAUGAGAGCCACAUGAUCAAUCUCAUGGAGGAGGUUGUGAGGCAGAACUUGACAGGCCUUCAGUGGCUGGCCAGUGAAGCCUGGUCCACAGCUGCCGUGCUCCAGACCCCUGACCUCAUGCCGUACCUCGGGGGCACACUGGGCAUCGCUAUCCGUCGAGGAGAGAUACCAGGCCUCAGGGACUUCCUGUUAGAAAUCAAUCCUAAUAUAAAACACAACAGCAGCUCUGGAAAUAGCAUGGUAAACCAGUUCUGGGAGUUCACAUUUCAGUGUAGAUUUGCACCGCCGCCUGCAGGCUGGGUUGAAAACGGAGGAAAAGUUUGCUCUGGAAAAGAAGAUUUAAGGACGGUGGAGACUGAGUUCUUAGACAUUUUUAACCUCCGGCCCGAAUACAACGUUUACAAAGCCGUGUACGCUCUGGCCCACGCCCUCCACGAUUUGCUGCGAUGUGAACCAGGAAGUGGCGGCUGUGCCGCUCUGGAAACACUGGAACCGUGGCAGCUUGUGUACUACCUUGAAAGGGUCAAUUUCACCGCAUCAUUUGGUGACCAAGUGUCAUUUGAUGAGAACGGCGACGUCUUACCAAUAUAUGACGUCAUGAACUGGCUCCGGCUCCCCGACGGACGAGCAAAUGUUCAAAAUGUCGGCGAGGUUAAAAUGUCAGCUUUCAGUGGUGAACAACUCACACUUGAUGGAGACAAAAUCUUCUGGAACUUUGAAUCGAAAAAGCCACCACGGUCGGUGUGCAGCGAGAACUGUCCUCCAGGAACCCGCAUGGUGAGAAAGAAGGGGGAACCUGAGUGCUGUUUUGACUGCAUCCCUUGCUCUGAGGGGAUGGUCAAUAACAAAACCAAUUCCCUGGAGUGCUUCAGCUGUCCAGAGGACUUCUGGUCCAGUCCACGGCGAGAUCACUGUGUUCUUAGGCAAACAGAGUUCCUCUCCUAUCAGGAACCGCUGGGGAUCUGCUUGACAGCAGCCUCACUGCUGGGCACAUUCAUCUGCGCUGUUGUUCUGGGGAUCUUCAUCUAUCACCGCAGUACACCGAUAGUACGAGCCAACAACUCAGAACUCAGUUUCCAACUACUGUUGUCACUUCAGCUGUGCUUCCUGUGUUCGCUGCUGUUCAUCGGACGACCCAGGCUGUGGACAUGCCAACUCAGACACGCAGCGUUUGGGAUCAGCUUUGUGCUUUGUGUGUCCUGCAUCCUGGUUAAAACCAUGGUGGUUCUGGCUGUGUUCAAAGCCUCCAAGCCAGGAGGGGGAGCCAGUCUCAAGUGGUUUGGUGCUUCGCAGCAGAGAGGAAUUGUUCUGGUUCUCACCUCUGUUCAGGCAGCAAUCUGCACUGCCUGGCUUGUCACCAACUCACCCGCUCCACAUAAAAACACUCAGUACCACAAUGACAAGAUAGUUUAUGAGUGUGUUGUUGGCUCAACUGUUGGUUUUUCAGUGUUACUCGGUUACAUCGGCUUACUGGCCAUCCUCAGCUUUGUGUUGGCGUUUAUGGCGAGGAAUCUUCCCAACAACUUUAACGAGGCCAAACUCAUCACGUUCAGCAUGCUGAUCUUCUGUGCUGUGUGGGUGGCCUUUGUUCCUGCUUAUGUCAGCUCACCGGGCAAAUAUGCAGACGCAGUGGAAGUGUUUGCCAUCCUGGCCUCCAGUUUUGGCCUCUUGAUGGCGCUGUUUGGACCUAAAUGUUACAUAAUUCUGCUGAGACCAGAAAGAAAUACAAAGAAGGCUCUCAUGGGGCGAAGCACUAUAGGAACUUCCGAAAAGUAAAAGAUGUUGGGGGAAGUGAACUGCUUAGAAGAAGUUUAAUUCAUAACUGCAAUGUGAAUGCUGUAAGAUUAAAUAAGCUUGACUUUAAUAGAAAGAUUUUCACAUAACUUACUUUCUGAAUAUUCCACACAAAAAAUGAAGAGCAAGCAAAACGUUUGUGUAAUUUAUGUAAUGGGACGGGAUUAAAAGCUUUUGAGCUCCUUUGUUCAAAUGCGUAACUUGGAUCAACUCAGUUUAUUUACAAAGUAAUUUCAACCACUGGUGGCAUUUAGCUACAGAAAACCCCCAUCUGAUUUAAUGUUUAAAUUGCUUUAUAAUUCCUGCUUUAUCAGGGAAAAAAAGACUCAGGGUAAUGUAAAGAUCUUACAGGGACAAAGGGACAAAUCAAGGAAAGAGAAGCCAUUGUUAAACAAAUAUUGUAGAUGGUCUAACAUAAAAUAAACAAAAAUAAAUCAGCUAAAUAUGGGGGAGUUGUUCUUUAAUUUCUGGCAUUAUUCAUGUCUUCAUGUGGAAGAACUGGAGAAAGA